AUGUGUGUCUGCGCCCGGACCUGCGCAAAGGAGCCGCGGAUGGGAAACGACGUCGCGCCGUAUUUCAAAACGGAGCCCGUCCGGAGCCAGGUGCACCUGGAAGGGAACCGCCUGGUCCUGACCUGCAUGGCGGAGGGCAGCUGGCCGCUGGAAUUCAAGUGGCUUCACAACAACAAGGAGCUGACCAAGUUCUCUCUGGAGUACAGGUACAUGAUCACCUCACUGGACCGCACCCAUGCCGGCGUCUACCGCUGCAUCGUCCGCAAUCGGAUGGGGGCCCUCUUGCAAAGGCAGACGGAAGUACAGGUGGCAUCCCUGUUCCCCUCCUCCUGCCUCCUCUGCGCUGCCCCCGGCAGAGCCAUCACGCUGGAGAACACCCUGGUCAUCCUGUCGACGGUGGCGCCCGACGCGGGCCGGUACUACGUGCAGGCCGUGAACGACAAGAACGGGGAUAACAAGACCAGCCAGCCCAUCACGCUCACCGUGGAGAAUGUCGGCGGCCCGGCUGAUCCCAUCGCUCCCACCAUCAUCAUCCCACCCAGGAACACCAGCGUGGUGGCCGGCACCUCGGAAGUGACCAUGGAGUGCGUGGCCAAUGCCAGGUGGGUGGCUGGGGCUGGGCUCCUGUCGGAGGCCUCGCCAGGGCCCCUGCGUGGGGCAGAUCCUGAGCAGGCUCCUCUAAGCCUGGCUGAGGCGUGGGGUUGGGUUCCUGGCAUCGCGACGCCAGUGGUGCCCACCGUCUGUGCUGCCUGAGGAGCCCUGCUGGCAUGGGCAGCUGGCUCAAGAUGCAGAGCAUGUGCCCCAGGGUGGGGCUGGCUCUGAAGGCCCCUCCCUGUUCUGGUCUAGGGGGCGCUGCCCCAUGGCGAGGGGGGCGUGC